CCCUCGCACAGAUUAAAGCCGCAGUCCGUGCACACUUUGGCUAUGUCCGCAAGAGCAGAGCGGGACGCGGGCCCGGACUGAGUGGCCCCAGUGAGAGCGUUGGCAGGUGUGUAGAGCUCUGAACGGCCAUGCACACGGAUGUGCUCGUACUUAUCCUGCUCCUGAUGGGACUGGGGGUCAGCGGCCAAAAGCGCGCAGGGGCCCCGCUGCUGCCCUACAGACAUGUCAGGGCAAAGAGAGAGAUGGCAUCAUCAGAGGACUCCAGUGGGAAGGUUGGCAGCCCAAUCAACAAGCGUAAUCCAGACAUGACGAAAGCAUGGGGGACCAAAUCAGAGCAUCUGCUGAGGAUCAAUGACCAUGAUUUCACUAUGAGACCAGGCUUUGGAGGCCCUGCAGUUCCGGUAGGAGUGGAUGUCCAGGUAGAAAGUCUCGACGCCAUAUCUGAAGUUGACAUGGACUUCACUAUGACACUAUACCUGCGGCACUACUGGAAGGAUGAGCGCCUGUCGUUUCAUAGCAACCAUAACCAGAGUAUGACAUUUGAUGGGCGGCUGGUCAAGAAGAUCUGGGUCCCUGAUAUGUUCUUUGUCCACUCCAAAAAGUCCUUCACCCAUGACACUACCACAGACAACGUGAUGCUGCGGGUCUAUCCUGAUGGCAAAGUCCUCUACAGCCUCCGGGUGACAGUGACCGCUAUGUGCAGCAUGGACCUAAGCCGUUUUCCCCUGGACACGCAGACCUGCUCCCUGGAGAUCGAGAGUUAUGCAUACACUGAUGAUGAUCUAAUGUUGUACUGGAAAGAAGGGAACCGCUCUCUGAACACAGACGAGAAGAUCUCUCUGUCCCAGUUCCUAAUCCAGGAGUUCCACACCACUACCAAACUGGCCUUCUACAGCAGCACAGGCUGGUACAACCGUCUGUACAUCAACUUUACUCUGCGACGCCACAUCUUCUUCUUCCUGCUGCAGACCUACUUCCCUGCCACGCUCAUGGUCAUGCUGUCCUGGGUGUCUUUCUGGAUCGACCGUCGGGCCGUCCCCGCCAGGGUGCCUCUUGGAAUCACCACAGUGCUGACCAUGUCCACCAUCAUCACCGGGGUCAACGCCUCCAUGCCCAGAGUGUCCUACAUUAAAGCUGUGGACAUCUACCUGUGGAUUAGUUUUGUCUUCGUUUUCCUGUCUGUGAUUGAGUAUGCAGCUGUGAAUUACCUGUCCACCCUACAGGAACGCAGAGAGAGAAAGCUGCGUGAGCGUUUGCCCUGUACGUGUGGACUGGCUCAUCCUGGCAUCCUGUCAUCCAGCUACAGUGAGGUAGACGCCAACACCACGGGACACUAUGGCCUGCCAGAGGAGAACGGAGUGAAGCGGGAGCAAAUGCUGGUGCAGCUGGCCAUGGAGAAUGACCAGGUGACGGGGCAUGUGGGCUCCAGCGCUUACAACUCUAUGUGGAUUGAUACGCACGCCAUUGACAAAUACUCACGGAUUGUCUUCCCUGCAUCCUACAUCAUCUUCAAUGUGGUCUACUGGUCCAUCUAUAUGUGACACAGCCAUAGCUCCUUAUCAACUUCUUCCAAGACUAGCACAAAAAACUUGACCAAGCAGAUCUAAGUGAACAUGGAACGGUGAAUAAAUGUGUCACUAACAUAACGGAAUAUAGGAGAUGAAGGGACAAAGACAUGGAUACAGCUGUGAUCUGUAUCUGUAAAGUAGUGGAUGAUUUCUUCUGCAUCAUGUUGGCUUAUCAGUAACUGGAGCCCUUUUCUCAUUGAUUUUGUAAACUUUCUCAGACUUCUGUAACAACUGUGAACAUUGGAAAGAACAUUGGACAUCCUUCUCAAUAGUGGGCUUGUUUGUUGUUGACUGAUCAUAAACUGGACCUACACCAGGAGGACAGACUGUAACAUUGAGUGAAUUGUUCUUGCAAAGUGGAGUAACAAUUCUUUAGUCCAGCAG